AUGAAUGCGAUGAGCGCUGCAGACGCUGGCACAUCUUACAAAUGCCCGUACAGAGCCAUUCACAUACAUAUAGUCAAAAAGGGUAAAAAGUACACAACGCAGGUAGUGAACAUCAACCAGAGCUAUAACUUUGACAAGAUCGUCAAGGCCAUAAAAAGGGACCUAUGCUGUUCGGCAUAUGUUUUCGACGAGACAGACGGAACCAAGUCCAUUCAUGUCCGCGGCAAUUACUACCGUGAGAUCGUUGAGUGGCUGCUCAGGGAGCGGAUCGUCAAGGUCAAAGAGCAGAUCAAACCCCACAAUGCAGUUCAGAGUUAG